GCGAGGGACGCUCCCUCGUGCGCACGCGCUCCGAGCAGAUGCACGCGCGAGCCACCCUCGCUCUGUCCCGGGGGUGAGAGCGAGGCGCGGUUGCCCCGCGCGGGGGGAAGCCGUAGCGGCGCGCUCGGAGGGAAGCGGAGCCGGCGGCGGCGGCGGCCCAGGCUGGGAGAUGUUCGUGGCGCGCAGCAUCGCGGCCGAUCACCGCGACCUCAUCCACGAUGUCUCCUUCGACUUCCACGGGCGGCGCAUGGCGACCUGCUCCAGCGACCAGAGCGUCAAGGUUUGGGACAAAAGUGAAAAUGGGGAUUGGCAUUGUACUGCCAGCUGGAAGACACACAGUGGGUCCGUAUGGCGUGUGACAUGGGCUCAUCCUGAGUUUGGACAGGUCCUGGCUUCCUGUUCUUUUGACAGAACUGCUGUAGUAUGGGAAGAAAUAGUGGGAGAGUCGAAUGAUAAACUUCGAGGGCAGAGUCACUGGGUGAAAAGGACCACUCUGGUAGACAGUAGGACAUCUGUUACAGAUGUGAAGUUUGCUCCCAAGCAUAUGGGUCUUAUGUUAGCAACCUGUUCGGCAGAUGGAGUAGUGAGGAUAUAUGAAGCUCCUGAUGUUAUGAAUCUCAGUCAGUGGUCACUGCAGCAUGAAAUCUCAUGUAAGCUAAGCUGCAGUUGCAUUUCUUGGAAUCCAUCAAGCUCUCGAGCUCAUUCUCCGAUGAUAGCUGUAGGAAGUGAUGACAACAGUCCAAAUAUACUGGCUAAGGUUCAAAUUUAUGAAUACAAUGAAAAUACCAGGAAGUAUGCAAAAGCAGAAACUCUUAUGACAGUCACUGAUCCUGUACAUGAUAUUGCAUUUGCUCCGAACCUGGGAAGAUCCUUCCAUAUUUUAGCUGUAGCUACCAAAGAUGUACGAAUUUUCACACUGAAACCUGUAAGGAAAGAAUUGACUUCUUCUGGAGGACUAACAAAAUUUGAAAUUCAGAUAGUAGCUCAGUUUGAUAAUCACAAUUCCCAGGUCUGGCGAGUAAGCUGGAACAUUACAGGCACAGUGCUUGCAUCAUCUGGUGAUGAUGGCUGUGUUAGACUAUGGAAAGCUAAUUACAUGGACAACUGGAAGUGCACUGGUAUACUGAAAGGUAACGGGAGUCCAGUCAAUGGUAGUUCUCAGCAGGGAAUGUUUAAUGCUUCUCUAGGUUCAGCCAAUACAAGCCUACAGAAUUCAUUAAAUGGAUCAGCUGCUGGCAGGUGGCCUGGCUCCACAACCCAAGCCUUGGCUCCCGUGAUGUUGUCCAGGAGGCCCAGCUCAGAAGCUCCUUCCCUUGUGUGUACUAGGGAAGGGGGAAGCUUGUAGCUGGCUUCAGCAGGUUAUCUCCCUGAUUUCCCAAGUGUCGGCUGCUACUCUGCUAUCCCGGCAGCCCAGCUGGCCAGCCUGUGCUUCUGGCUCCUCCUUCUCUUGGCUGUAAGCUGAACUCCAGCUCUGGCCCUCAAUGGAACAGUGCAGGGAUCAUGCACUAUAAUCUAAUUAACUCUCCUUUGUGGGGAAAGCUAGAGAGCCAAGAGGCAGCUGCAGACCAAAUCCCAGGAGGACAGGAAGACAAAAGUCAGCUGGUUGCAGCAAAAAUGUUGAACUCUAUAUCAUCUUGCAAAAAUGCUGUAUUCUACAGUUGUGGAAUUGUAGACUCCACAGGGCCCUGACUGUGAUGGAUGGGACAGUUUACACCUCUUAGAGCUAUUGUUUCAGGCUCUCGGCAGACUCGGGCAGCCACCACUUCAUUGGUGUAUGUUUCCAAGGUUAUCUCCACAAUUCUAAGGACUAGAAACAUUUAAAAAAAAAAAGAGAAAUGUAAGAUUCUUGUUCACAAUUCUGCAGCAGGGGUGAAUUCCACUGUGACGUCUACGGCCAUGGAAUCUCUGACUAUACUGGGUCCUGUCCUUUAUGAUAGAGCCUUACUGUGUGAGAAAGUAUUUACCUACCUAUUUUGCUUUGUAACUACAUUGGGUUGAAAGUUAGUGUAAAAAUCAUAUCUAUAAUGUGCUUUAGUGGAUUUUAAGUUUAAUAAAAACAAAGCAUAUAUUAAC